AGAGAGAGAAGGUGCAGGAGGAGAUAUCUUUUAUAGAACCAACAUCUGGUUGGUCAGAGAGACAGGCUUUCGAGCCCCACAGAGCUCUUCUUCAGGUCUGGGAAAGGCACUUUGAGUGUCACAGCUCAAUACAAGGGUGCUGGAGGGAGAACGGAGGAAGGAAAUAAGACGCCAGCUGCUGCCCAGGUGGAGGGAGAAGGGCAGAAAUCGGAGCUUCCUGGGCUGAGCCGUGGCACAGUUCGGGACUUCAUCUUGUGAAUGUGAAUGGCCUUGGGCAAUGGCUCUGAGCCAGAGCUUCUCCCACUGGUGACCAGGGCCCUGGGCAUCCUCGUGCCCUCUCUCCAGCUGGCUGCUUCUAGGCAAGGAGCGACCGGCGCAGCGGAGUGAUCUGCUGGCCAUGGAAAGCGUCAUGCAACCCAACUGGAGGGAGAUAGUCAACAGGAAGCUGAAGUUCCCCAGCGAGCUCCUCGACGCCAUCCAGGAGGGGGACCUGUUGCGGGUGCAGCAGCUGCUGCAGGGGAGCGACGGGAUCCUGCAACAGCAGGCCGACAGUGAGGACCGCGCGUGGCGGGAAGCCCUCAACCUGGCCAUCCGCACGGGCGGUGGGGAGAUCACCGGGACCCUGCUGCGCUACGUCAAGUUCGACUUCCGCCAGAUCCACGAGGCCCUGCUGGUCGCCGUGGACACCAACCAGCCCCAGGUGGUGAAGAUGCUGCUGGACCGGCUGGACCAGGAGAAGAGCAUCAAGAUGGACAUCAAGUCCUUCUCCAUGGCCUUCUUCGACCGCUCCAUCGACAACGCCCGCUUCGCCCCCGGCGUGACGCCGCUCACCCUGGCCUGCGAGAAGGACCUCUACGAGAUCGUGGACAUGCUGGUGCAGAAAGGCCACGCCAUCCCCCGGCCCCACAAGAUCUCCUGCACCUGCCUGGAGUGCAGCAACGGCCGCAAGUACGACCUGCUCAAGUUUUCCCUCUUCCGCAUCAACACCUACAAGGGCAUCGCCAGCCGGGCCUACCUCUCCAUCGCCAGCGAGGAUGCCAUUCUGACCGCCUUCAAGCUCAGCCGGGAGCUGCAGCGCCUCUCCUGCAAGGAGCCGGAGUUCAAGCCAGAGUACCUCAGCCUGGAGCUCCUGAGCCAGGAGUUCGCCUUUGAGCUGCUGGGGAUGUGCCGUAACCAGAGCGAGGUGACAGCCGUGCUGAACGACCUGGGGGACAGCGAGGAGGAGGAGGAGGAGCUGGACAGCCAGGCCUUCGAGGAGGGCAUCCCCAACCUCGCCCGGCUCCGGCUGGCCGUCAACUACAACCAGAAGAGGUUUGUUGCCCAUCCCAUCUGCCAACAAGUGCUGUCGUCCAUCUGGUGCGGGAACCUGUCGGGCUGGCGCGGGAGCAACACGCUCUGGAAGUUCUUCGUCUCCUGUUCCAUCUUCCUGACCAUGCCCCUCCUGUGCCUGGUGUACUGGAUUGCCCCAAAGUCGCGGGUUGGCAAAAUACUGAAGAUCCCAGUGAUCAAGUUCCUCCUCCACUCGGCCUCGUACCUCUGGUUCCUGAUCUUCCUGCUGGUGGAGUCCUUGUUCCUGGAGCACAAGCAUCACAUCUUCUUGGGACGCAGUCAGAUCGUGUGGGAGAACUCCCUGCACAUGGUCUGGGUGGCUGGCUUCUUCUGGUACGAGUGCAAGGAGGUGUGGAUCGAGGGGCUGCACAGCUACCUCCUGGAUUUGUGGAACUGCCUGGACGUCGUCAUCCUCAGCCUGUACCUGGCCUCCUUCGCCCUGCGGGUGCUGGUCGCCGGGAGGGGCCACCUGCACUGCCUGGACGCCCCUUCCUCGCCGGAGUGCUACUACUUCACCAGAGCCGGACGGCACGAGUGGCAGCCCGAAGACCCCCAGUUCGUCGCCGAGGUGCUGUUUGCAGUGACCAGCAUGCUGAGCUUCACCCGCCUGGCCUACAUCCUGCCCGCCCAUGAGUCCCUGGGCACCCUGCAGAUCUCCAUUGGGAAGAUGAUUGACGACAUGAUCCGGUUCAUGUUCAUCCUCAUGAUCAUUCUCACCGCGUUCCUGUGCGGACUCAACAACACCUACGUUUACUACCAGGAGUUCCAGCGGCUGGGGAACUUCAACGAGACGUUCCAGUUCCUGUUCUGGACCAUGUUCGGGAUGGAGGAGUACAGCGUGGUGGACAUGCCCCAGUACGCCCUGGUGGAGUUCGUGGGGCGGGCGCUCUACGGGAUCUUCACCAUCGUCAUGGUCAUCGUCCUUCUCAACAUGCUCAUCGCCAUGAUCACCAACUCCUUCCAGAAGAUCGAGGAUGAUGCGGACGUGGAGUGGAAGUUCGCCCGCUCCAAACUCUACCUGUCCUACUUCAGGGAGGGCCUGACGCUGCCUGUGCCAUUUAACAUCAUUCCCACACCAAAGUCCCUCUUCUACUCAGUCAGGGGCAUCUUCCGAUUCCUUUGCUGCUCCAAACCCAAGAGGCAACAGGAUUACCCCCCAAUUCCCACCAUCGCUAACACUGCCCUGGAGGACGUCGGCCUGGGCGGGGAGAGCCGCCGUUCCUAUCGGCUGCAGGUCAUCAAGGCUCUGGUGCAGCGCUACAUCGACACGGCCAGGCGGGAGUUCGAGGAGAGCAGGAGGAAAGACCUGGGGAACCGUAUCACCGAGCUGAACAAGUUGGUGUCGCGCCUGCACGCGGAGGUGAAGCGCCUGCAUCACAGCCGGCCCGCCCACCCUGCCCCCGCCAGCCCUCUGGAUGGGGCCAGCGUGCUGCACAGAUAUAUCCUGCGAGUCCAGGACAACUUCCAGAACUUCAGCCAGGCCUCGGGCAGCUCCGGCCCAGGCUCCCCCGCCCAGGUGAUGGUGCACCAGGACGGGGCUGCCGGGAACGACCCCAAGGCGCUCUCCCUUGGCCCCCAGCACGCGAUGUCUCCCGGGGACCAAGCAGAAGAGCCAGAGGACCCGAGUUCCCGUCCAGCAGAGGAAGCCGACUCUGGCCCCAGCCUCUAGUGGCUCAAGGCAGCGUUUCCACGGCGACACAGAGCCAAGCAAUAAUAGCAACGCUCAUCACUUCUAGUGCAGCCGAAGGAUCCCAAAGCGUGUUGUAUGCUGCUCCUGCUGGCUUGUGCCCCAGCCCAAGCAAGCAGGGACCUCGCUGCCUCUCCCACAC